CGCAUCUUAAUUACUUGAAGGGAAAGACUUUCUCAUCGCUGCAAAAUAUUAUCCACGGAAUCAGAAGAUUUAGGGUUUUGAUCUAAUUCUUGAUCGGCGAUGGAGAGAACUAGCAACGGAGGAAUGUUGUAUCACGAGGUGCAGGAAGCAAAUCUGUGCGCCGUACACUGCGUCAACACGGUGCUGCAGGGACCUUUCUUCUCCGAAUUUGAUUUGGCUGCCGUCGCCUCCGAUCUCGACGGGAAGGAGCGUCAGGUAAUGCUCGAAGGCGCCGCCACCGGAGGAUUUUCCGCCGGCGAUUUUCUCUCUGAGGAGUCGCACAACGUUUCCCUCGGCGGCGAUUUCAGUAUCCAGGUCUUGCAAAAGGCUUUGGAAGUGUGGGAUUUACAAGUGAUUCCGCUCAAUUGUCCCGAUGCAGAGCCUGCGCAGAUAGAUCCCGAGCUUGAAAACGCCUUCAUCUGCCACUUGCAUGACCAUUGGUUUUGCAUAAGGAAAGUGAACGGCGAAUGGUAUAACUUUGACAGCCUCCUCGCUGCGCCGCAACACCUAUCGAAGUUCUACCUUUCAGCGUUUCUCGACUCUCUCAAAGGCUCGGGAUGGAGCAUCUUCAUAGUGAAAGGAAACUUCCCGCAAGAAUGUCCAAUGUCGUCUUCUUCGGAAGCUUCCAACACUUUCGGACAGUGGCUUUCUCCAGAAGACGCAGAGAGAUUAUUAAAGAACACGAGCUCGGUGGAGGGUCCUUCUGGCACCAACAACAGAACUGAUGUCAGUGUCGAUGAACAAAGACCAUAUCAGGCAUUGUCGCGGGAGGAAGUGAGGUCUUUUUCAGAGAUGGAAGACGAUGACUUGAAGGCAGCUAUUGCAGCGAGUUUGCUUGAUGCUUCUGCGAGUGGUGCCAAUCUCGGAGCUGCUGGGACUUCUCAAAGCGAAACUGAGAAACAAAAGUAGCACAGAGAAUAGAGAACAAGCUUUUAUUGAUGAGGGUGAGGAACAUUCACGUGGUUUUGUUUUGUUUUUUUUUUUUUGUUUUUUUGUUAUCGACAAUUUUACAUACAGAACAUAAAA